AUGCUGCUAUCGCAGGUAUUUGACAACGAUUUUACUUCAGAUCUGGCUUUCCAUAUUGCUUCGGCAGACUCCCAAAAGUCCAAUGAGAAGGGCAUCGAACUGCCUAUCGAGAACACUACAUCAGCUAAAUCGAUUAGUGACGAAGAACAACCCGAUUUUGAGUCAAAGGACAGCUCGCCGUAUCAUUCAGAAGACCACAAGCCCUCUUUUAAUUAUGAUUUGGAGAUUUUCAACUUGUGCAAAGAGUACUUGAACACCAAAAACCACCAUGGGUUGGCUUUAAUUGCAAGACAAAAGGGAAUUCCUCCGUUUCUUCGAUUCAAAGUGUGGCCCAUUCUUUUGAAAUAUCAUCCGUUUGUGCUAGAUCCAUUCAUACAACCUGACAAUGAAAUCAUCAAUGAGUCGAGCGACGUUGAGAGCACCUCAAGCAAGGAAACGUCGUCGUCGUCGUUAUCGUCGUUGUCCUCGAAAGGCUAUUUCAGCCAAUCAGAAAGUGAAUACGAAACGAGACCAGAGAGUCGUAAAGAUUCAGAUGCAAGUACUGAGAUUGAAAGAAAGAUUAAGAAGGACAUUUCGAGAUAUAUUCAACGUCUCUACUACUUGAAAUCUCACGAUUUGACGGCUACUGAAAAGGAAAUCAUUCACACAUUGGAAUGUGCAGUACUCAAGUUUACUUUAAAAUGGGCAAAGAUCAUCAAAUAUGACACAUCUUUAUGUUGGAUGGCGUUGAACUUGGCAGAAUGGUUUCCUCCGUUGCCAAGGACGCCGUGGGUUUUGGUGGGAAGGGAUCACUCGCAAAAGGGAUCUUCAUUGAUUGCUAGUGUCGUUGAUGACUACUCAAACUACAUCGACCAUAUUCCAGGGUUGGACAAGUACCUUGACGAAUUGAUCUACAAGAACGAAACGAUUUCCAACAUGAAGUUUCAAGAUGUGUAUGAAAGACUUGUUUUGGUGUUGUUGCAUUGCCCGGAACCGAAAACAAAUAUGGCAGUGGACGGCGAGGUUCCCCAUUCAAGCGAUCAAAAAGAUGAGAGAAAACAGCUCAAGGUGAACAAGACUACACUACCAAUAACAGGCGGAACUAUUGAGCAGAGAGUUUCCUUUUUCAUUUUUUGCCUCCGUAAAUUGCUACCUGAACUAGCUCAGCAUUUCCAUGAGGAACAAAUUCUAUCCAAAUUUGGGUGUCUGGACGAUGAAUGGUUGAUAUGGUGGCUCAAGUUUUGUGGGACAAAAGUUUGGUCCAAACACGAUCGUGGGCGAAUUUGGGAUUACCUCUUGGGCUGGAGGCUCAAGAACCCUAAACGAAGCUUCAACUAUUAUUAUGAAAAGUUGAACUAUGUGAACCGAAACACUUUACAAAAGUUGGGUCCUGAUGUAUUUUGGACGGUUGGAUCUGCUGAAAACGAGAAACCUAAUGUUGACCUAAGAAGAAAUUCGUUUCGAGAUUUGAUCAAUGAGUUGAACAACGAGCUUCAUAUUUCAAAAUCCGAUCUUUCUCUGGCAUCAUCCCCUAAGUCGCCAAACAAAUCCAAAGGCGACAACAACCAACCCAAUUUAGCCAUUCCUUUUUCAAGAAUUGAUCCCCACAUUUCAUUAAUAUUUAUAUCUAUAUCUUUACUCAAGUCAAAGGAGAACACCUUGGUGGAACUCGAUCAACAUGAAAUUAGACAAUUUCUAUCGAGACUUCCAUCCAAGUCAUACAAAUACAAUCAAAAAUCGAGAAAGCGAUCGAACCAGAGUAUGAACUCGUCAUCGAACUCGAGAAAUGGCUCUCCGCCCUUGCCACCGAAUGAAGAAGCUCCUACGAGUAGCAUCAUCAUAUCUAAUGACAUGCGAAACGACAAACACAAGAUAAACUUUAUCGACAAUAUUAUUUCGGAGGCGGGUGAGUUGUGGCGAAAAUGGUUGUGGUCAGAGUUUGUUGAAGAUAGUUAA